AUGCUUGCAUAUGAGACGAUUGAGUUAGUAGACAAAUUUGUUUAUCUGGGUAGGCGUGUCAUUCCCGGAGGUCUCGCGAAAGAUGAUAUCUUCAUCCGGAUUGAAAAGGCCAGAGCAGCUUUUGUUAGCCUGUGUCACCUGUGGCGUAGCCGUGACAUCAGCUUACCUUUUAAUGGUCGAGUUUACAAUCCUGCUGUGCGCUCCAUGUUACUAUACGGAUCAGAAACGUGGCCGCUACGCGUCGAAGAUGUCAAAAUGUUCUCAGUGUCUUCGGAGCAUCGCCCGAGUCUGGGGGAGCACCUAAUCAAUGUUUUUGAAGUUAUCACAUUUGUGCCGAAGCUGGUCAACACUGGCUCGCCACUUUCUACACGAGCAGUUACGAAAACGCGAAUAGAUUUCCUGGGACCUUUUAUGGUCACGGAGAGAGCCAUCUGCCGCUUUUCGAAAGGAAACGAACUCAUUGGUUUCACUUAUGUCGCCAUAACCAACUUGGCAGUAGUCAUCCUAAUGUUUCAGUGCAAGAAGUGUGGUUUUAAACAAGUCGCUGUCCUAAAAGAGGAAUAA